GUGUGUCAGGGUUAUUUUAUUUAUUUUAUUUGGUUAACGGCACAUUUUAAGUGUUAUGUGGUUAACGGAGGCCAAAAAGUAACUUUAAUCUCAAUAAAUUAUAAUUAAAAAAAUGCCGAUUUAUGAAACGUUAACCAGCGAUAAACUUGUUGUUGUUUUAGAUAUUGGAGCAGCUUUUACAAAGUUUGGUUUUACAGGUGAAUUUGCUCCAAGAAACAUUAUCAAAUCAGAAGUUAGAUGUAAAAAAACUGGAGAAUUGAAAAGAUUAUGGGAUUUUAAAACACCCGAUGAAUUAUAUGACCUACUGGUUGAAUUUAUACACAUUAUUUACUUCAAGUUCGCCUUGUUAAGUCCUAAAGAUAGGCCUAUUGUAAUUGUGGAAUCGUUGCUAUGUCCCACUUUGUUCAGAGAAACGUUAGCAAAGGUUUUAUUUAUACAUUAUGAAAUAUCAUCAAUGCUGGUUUUACCAUCUCAUCUGAUCUGCUUAUCUAGUAUAGCAGUGGACACAGCAGUAGUUGUAGAUGUGGGUUAUAAGGAAGCUGUGGUUAUACCAGUUUGCUAUGGGUUGCCGAUUGUGCAAGCAUGGCAAGCUCUACCCCUGGGAGCCGAAGCUAUACAUAAUAAUUUGAAGACGGCAUUAAGUAGUAACAAUACAGGUAUUCAGAAUAUACCGGAAUCGACCUUGGAAGAUGUAAAAAUACGUUGCUGUUUUAUAACCAAAAAAUCUCGUGCAGAACAGCUGGCCCUUGUGAAACCCGAAAUUACACCAUGUCCAGAAGUAAAAUAUCCCCUUGGUGGAAGUGAAAGUAUUACUGUUACUGGAAAAGUGAGAGAACGUGCUUUUGAAAUACUUUAUGAAGAAGAUAACGACCAUCUUUGCUUGUCAACAAUGAUACUGGAUGCUAUUUUGCAUGUUGAUAGAGAUUUGAGACAAAAACUAGCUGAAAAUUUGGUGCUUAUCGGGGGAACCACCAUGGCUCGCGGUUUUAAAGCUAGACUUAAGGAAGAGCUAGAGAAACAACUGAAGUUUGAUAGAUAUAAAAAACUCAAUAUUACAAAAUUUGCUUUCCAUACCUUGCCUUGUAAGGAAAAUUAUGCAGCUUGGUUAGGAGGUGCUAUAUAUGGAGCAACGGAACUCUUGAAUAUGAAAACUCUAACCAAGGAAAACUAUUUUAAGGAAAAUCGUUUACCAGAUUGGAUUAAUUUAAAAGAUAAUAUUCGUACACUAUAAAUAUUAAUAGUAAUAGUAUCAACAUAUUGCUUUAU